AUGGAUGAAACACAUCAUGCUCCGAUGGAUACGUCGACAGACUCUCCAUCAUUGGACAGUAUGAAAACAGAUUAUGAUGAGCUGCACUCCAUUAAUUUACAGACAAGAAUUCAUGCACUUCGACGAAUUAACAGACUUAUGAUGUUUCGAGAUGAUGAAUCGCGAACUGGAUUAUUACAUGUUUUAAACUCGCGAUUAUUGGUGGAAGAAGAUAAAGAUGCUAAGGCAUUGAUUGUCAUGGCGUUAGAGAAGCUAGCACAUUUACCUUCAUUCGAUGGUUCCAAGAUUCUACAAAUCUUAAUGAAUCAGACAGAAACGGAUUCGACAAAGUUGAAAUGCCAGAUUUACGAUUGUAUAUUUAGAAUACUUAAAAUCAAACAAUUUAAUACAUACAAUUCGCCCGACUUUGCUAGACUCUUACAGACACUAUCGAAGCUCGUUAUAAAAGAACUCUCCGAUUCUCAUCAUCGCAUCCGAUCCAUUUGCAUUCAAUUACUGACUUCACUACCAUCGCUCAUCAGUCGUACCAAAUCAAUACACGAACAGUCUGGUCAAAAAGUACCCCAUUAUCUGUCUGAACAGGAAAUACAAACAAUUAUCCGUAAUUAUGGUACUGAUGUUGAUCCAAGAGUUAGAAGGACGGCUCUCAAAUCUUUGCUUCGUUUACAUCAGCGUGGUUGUAAGUUAGAGUUAUCUUUGUAUGAUCUAUGCAAAGAAAGUCUCAAAGAUGAUUACGAAGAAGUGAGAAUUGAGGCGCUGAAUUUGAUAUGGGUGUUGAGCAGCCUCUAUCCCGACAGUUCGGUAAAACCGUUCCUCGACAAUUCUCUUGACAAAAGUGUUAGACUUGUUGACGACGCAUUUGUUAGAAUAUGUGAUAUUAUUAGUGAUGUCUCCGUCAACGUUCGUAGCAAGGCCUCCACUUUACUUGGAAGCUAUAGACAAGCAGAGGAUUCUAUUUUGCUGCAGACGUUUAGUAAAGAAAAAAUGACAAAUUUUGGAAGGCAAAAGGGUCGUUAUAUGGAUGAUGUUAAGACAGUAAAGAUUAAAUCAAAAGAUAUUCCUACUCCUGAAGGCGAUUUUGAUGUUCAAGAUGAGUUUCGUUUGCUGGAUUCGGGAGCAUGUGGAGCUUUCGUUCAUGGAUUGGAGGAUGAAUAUCAAGACGUUAGAUAUGCCACCAUUGAUUCUAUAUGUGAACUAUGCAUGCAUAACUCAACAUUUGCUGAGAAGGCAGUUGAUUUUCUUGUGGAUAUGUUUCACGAUGAAAUAGAUUCUGUUAGAUUGAAUGCGAUCAAUAGUCUUCGAAAGAUAUCGACCAACACAGAGAUAGUCUUUAACAGAGAGCAAUUGACUAUUGCUCUGAGUGUACUUGAUGACGCAGAUCCAACAGUGCGCGAAUCAACUCACGGAUUGUUGCGAGCUGUGAGAUUGGCUGAACGAGAUAUGGUAAUGAAACUUAUCGAAAUAAUGAAGAAUAAUGUGACAAGAUAUCCGGAAGAUCAGUUAUCUAUAUACCAAUGUUUUCGUGAUUUCGGUGCAAAGCAUAAUGAUUUUAUUGAAUACUUGGUACCGGUGUUCUUCACGUUGGAACAAGGGUUUAAGCCAGUGGAGAAACAUGUGGACGAUCCAAAGCAUAUUGGACACGUUAUUAUGACAUUCAACGCUGCUCAUUCUAAUUCCAAGAUACUCGAAAUUAUACCAGAUUAUUUGUGGAGGCAUUAUACUUACCUGAGAGAUAAAUUCCCAAGUUGCUUUCUUGAAAUACAGAUGCCUUCAAAUUUGUCAAAGCCAGCGAAGCAAAAGGGUGUCGAUUCUUAUGAGGAUGGACAAAAUGUUCAGAAUUUUAUGGAAGAAACCUUGACAAUUAUAAAUAAUUUAGAAUCGCUAUUCAAGGGCGACUUGGACACUGCUAAACGAAAUGCGAGAGUUUGCCUGAGAGACCUCAAGUAUAUAGCACACGUGGCUCCAUUGCUUUCAGGAAAAGCCGAAUUUGCGAUUAUGUACCUCGAAUGUGUAAAGAUAAUCAUCGAG